AUGGUCGCCACGGACGACAAGCUGGCAGGUGUCGCAGAGACGAUAAGAGCACACGGACAAGAUGAUGUCGAUGCUCGAAAGUUGCAGGAUCUGGGCUACAAGCAGCAGCUCCACGUACAAAUCUCAGACGAUCACCUUCUCAUUAUGCUGAUUUCGACAGCUUAUAUUCGGCUUCGUGUCGAGCCUUGCUCUGUGCACAAAUGUGAUUGCGACCUGGGAGUAUUGGCUAAUGGCGGGCCUGUAGCUCUAGUCUAUGGCUUCGUUUUCUGCUUCAUCGGCACUCUUGCGACUUGUGCGUCGCUGGCAGAAAAUGCCUCCAUUUACCAAUCCACACCCCGGCUGAAUCCUGAUCAAGAGCUAAGAAGUAUCCAGCUCACCAAAUUCCGCUACACAGUACCGAUGGGCGGCAGAGCCGGCGCCGAAUAA